UCUAACUCUUCUCUAGGACCUAAAAAGUGGGGUGACAGUUGCUCCGGGAGCCAACAGUCGCCUAUAGACAUUAGCAACACCGCCGCCACGUAUGACUCAAGCCUGGGUAAUUUUACCCUUGUCAACUACGCCAAUACACCAGCUGGUGUUAAUUUUACCGCCAAAAACAGUGGUAAAUCUUUGAAGGUGGCAAUGGACAGCCAUAUAUACAACGUAAGCGGAGGUGGCCUCCCCGGAGUUUUUACCACCGUUCAGUUUCACCUGCACUGGGGAUCAAACAACAACAAAGGAUCGGAACACACUAUGGACGGGCUGAUGUAUCCUGCCGAGGUGUGUUACCUCGAUGACAUGUACUGUGUACAACAACCUUUUCCCUAGGGCAUUCCCCUUAGAAAAUCCUCCCAUUUACUAUGAAGAAGCCGUGGGGACAAGAUCAUGUCCUGUGUGAUGUGAUUUUCCCAAAAUUUUGCAGUUUACUAUAAAAUUUACUGUUUAGCUUUUACUUGUGUGCUACAAAAUAUUAAGUGUUGACUGUUUCGUCGCCAAUGCAAUGAGGAAAGGUGCCUUGAGUCAAGUCAAGCAAAGGGCCGGGGGAAUCAAAAUGAUGGUGACAUAAUGGCCUAAAAUACAUUUUUCAAUUGAACUUGCAGAUCCAUUUUGUCAGCAUGAACACCAAAUACUCCAGCCUCGGUGAUUCCCUAGGUCAUUCAGAUGGUUUGGCCGUGCUGGGUGUUUUUCUUAAGGUAAAGAUGUUUCCCUCUUCAUAAAACCCAUCCACUCCCAGAUUCCUUUUUAAGGGACGCGUCGUAAUGUUCCUGUUCACCUAACCUUUUUUGUCUGUGAAUCAGUGACGUCUUAUGAGCGCGACCAAUCAUCAAGUGGAACCAACAAGCCAGUGCCUUCACAUGAUAUGAUUUAUUUCGUACGUUGCUCUAGCUUUUGAGAUCGAUGACCCCUAUUCUCCCGUAAUCGGACCAUUUUACUGUCCUUCUCCACUCUUUAGCAAUUACUUCCAUAGUACUAUUCAUUUAGUGUGUUCUUCUAACUUUCAGGAAGUCCGUGGAUGAAAUCUUACCCCCUGAUACGUAUAAAUGAUUCCUCUUCAGGAGUAUCCGCCUUCAUAAAUAGUUCAAACAUUUGUAGUAUAGACUAAGAAGUAGACAUGUCGGAAGGCUUAAAGCGAAUCAAGGAAACAAAUUUUUCGUUGUUUUAUUAUUAUUUCUUUCUAAAUGUUAGGUUGGCUCAAGCGAACAUCAGCACUAUAAAUUGUUCUUGGAUCAUAUCAGCUCUGUGAUUAACAAAGGUAAGGUGUGCAUGGUAUUCUUAACUUUCAAGGAAAAAAAAAACAUCCAUACAUGUUUAAUGCUGUGUUAAAAUGAAUGAAACACGAGCCUUGGUUGGAAAAAAAUGCAGAUGUGGUAUGGAUGAUAGAUAAUAGAUUGUGGAUGAAUUAAAUUCCAUGUAUUUCAAGCAUGUGUCCUCGCUGUUUUUUCUGAUGGACGGGUAGUUGAAACAAUACUAUGUAGCAGGGAUUCGCUUUUCAGAGAGAGCUUCUCAAACUCAAGAACACUUAGUGUCGAGCCUUUCUUUAUCCUUUGUGGUUGGAAUUGCAGUUUUAUCAUCACAAAAACAUCCAUACUGUAAAUCAUGUGUCUUAAUGCACAUUGUUGAAGAGGUUUUCACAGUUCAUCUUCCGCUACAUAGGUGAGAGCGUGAGCUUUCCAGCCUUUCCGCUUAUGAAUCUCCUUCCAGCCGACAAGACCAAGUAUUUCCGGUACCCAGGCUCCCUGACAACCCCGCCCUGCAGUGAGGCUGUCACCUGGACUGUUUUCAAAGAUCCUAUCGAGAUAUCGCAGGCUCAGGUAAAAUUUGAAAAAUGUUAUUAUUUAUAAUGAUGACAAUGAUUGUGACUAGAAAUUAACUGAGAUGAAAAGUAUUGGGUGGGCCUCUUUAACGAUUUGUAGAAAACUAUCUUGAGUGUUGUGGCAGAGCUUCCACGAAUUUUAGUGGAUGCGCACACCCUAAGGGAGAAUUGUUCCAUGAAACGCCAACAUUUCCUGGGAAUAUGUCCCUGAAUUAAAACUUCUCGUGUCACAGUGCCAGCCUUAAAACAGGUGAGUCGGUCUAUUUUAGUACAUGUACUUUUCGUGACACGAACCGAUCUCAGUUCUUUUUCCCUUUAUAGCUAGAUGCUCUGCGUUCCAUGAAGAUGAACAGCACCAUGAACAUUGUCGACAAUUACCGCCCCGUUCUCGACCUUGGGAGCCGGAAACUGAAAGCCAGCUUUGACGAGGGUUUGAAACAGGUUGAUCCAACUGCAGCAGGCGUUGUUCUCAAAAUAUCAAACGUCGUCUUGCUGUUGGUGCUCUUCCUGGGAGCAGUUUUCUAG